GUUCAAGCUCCAUUCAUAAAAAGAAAUAAAAGUUCCAAUUUUUUUUAUCAUUUUUCUAAAAUAAUUUCACCCCACUUCUUUAUUUUUCAUUUUUUUCCUGUCCCACACGCUGUUCAUUUUCCUUAACACGGUGCAAAAAUAAUAAUAACUAUUAUUAAAGAUGUGGGGUAGCGGCUUCUAGAAACUUUUGCAAAACCAUGAUGCAGGUGUGUUUGUGGAACAAAACAAUACCAGGUGCCACUUAAAUGACUGAAAUACCCUUCUAAUUCUCCUCCUUUGACGGUCAUAUAAAACUAUCUCGCUUCUCGUAACAACAGCCACACAUUCUUAUUUCCCAUUAUACCCCUCUUCGCAAAAAAUAUCUCAAUGCCAUUGAUCCUAAAUCUCGCACCACUCACCGGAGCCGUCACGACUCUCCGACCUCCGCCCGGUGCCACGAUGGUCCGGGCAUUCACUGCUACGAUCGACUCCCGGAGGCCGGCGAGCCUCUACGAAGUUCUCCGGAUCAAGCAGAACGCGUCCGCGGUGGAGAUAAAAUCGGCGUACCGGAACCUGGCGAAGGUGUACCACCCUGAUUCGGCGCUCCGGCGAUCGGAAUCGGACGAACGGGACUUCAUCAUGAUUCAUGACGCGUACCAGACGCUCUCGGAUCCGUCAGCGAGAGCCGUUUAUGAUCUGUCGUUGAUGGCGGCGCGUGGCGGUAGUGGCUCCUUCUCUUCUCUGGUGGCCCCCGAUGGGUCUUCCCGGUUGUACUACCAGACCCGCAAGUGGGAAACGGAUCAAUGCUGGUAGAAAAAGAAAAAUAUAUAUAUUUUUUAACAAAUUUAUGGGUUCAUCAGAACAAAAAGAAAAAUGAACAGAAAAGAAAGAUUGAUCAAAACAAAAAAAAAAGAGUCUGUAAAUUAUAUUUUAACCCAUUUGUCAUUUUUUUGUCUUCUACUUGCCUCAAUGUUCAGAGUGAUCAGUGUUCUACUGUGGAUAGGGAUCUGAUGGCUAAUACAAUUUUUUUUCAGAGAGGUUAAUAUUGUAUUAAUUAUAAAAUGUAAUUUUUUAUUGAUUUUUAGUUGGAAGGCCAUAUAUUAAUGUAUUGAGAUAAAACAUUUUAUUCUGUUUAUUAUGUUUCAUUGGCUAUG